ACUCGUACUCUUUACUUUUUAAUAAUCAACACUCUCGCCAUUAGUUCAGUUGUUCUAAAACGUAUCCUGUACACAAUAUACAAAUAAAUUCUGUACAAUGCCAAUCUCUCUCCUCCGUUACUGCCGGCGAACCACACCGUCGCCGGCGUAUUCCUGGCAUCUCCGGCAACUACGAUCAGACGCGACGCUUGAAGCAAUCGCAAAAGCCGCCGAAGAGAAAACGCCGGUAGUAGCGCUAUACAACUAUCCUUCAUUUUCCGGCGCAUAUUCAGCGCUUUUUGCUCACCUCUUCCACUAUCACCUUCGUCGUCCUUGCCUCAUCCUCCCGUUUUCCUCCGUUGCUCCUUUCAGGGUGGAAGAUUUGUGUUAUGAAGGACUCAAGACAUGCUAUUUCCUUGACUUCAUUGGUCCAAGAGGAUUUGCUGUUGAGCUUUGGCGGAGGACAGCAUGCAAAGUGAUAUGCUUUGAUCAUAGAAACUCAACACUUCCAAAGAUCCCUUCUGUUGAGGAUUGUUCUGGAAAACUCACAUUUCAUGUUGAUGUUGGGAGGAGUAGUGCAAGGGCUGUUUUUGAAUAUUUUUCUGGCCAGCUUGAAUACACAAAAUCACCUGAUGGAAAUGGUCUGGUUAAUGGUCUGCUAAACUCAAAUGAUCAAUGUCGUAUGGAGUUACUCUUGAACUAUCUUGAAGAUGGAGAUUUACGCCAAUGGAGAUUGCCUGACGUUCGGGCUUUCAAUAUUGGGAUUUCAGAAUGGAGGUCAAAGCUGAACUGCAUCACCAAUCCUCACAUGUAUGACCAGCUAUUGGAGAUGAAUGUAAAGGCGCUGCUAACCAAGGGAAACUCUGAAAUUUCAGCUCAAAAGGAUGCUGCAAAAGUGUUUCUAGAAAAAUCUUUUGAACUUCGGCUAGGUCGAGGAUUCUAUGGGGAGUGCCUGGGAGUAAGAGCUGAUAGCAAUCCAGACCUCAGUGAUGAAAUUGGGAAAGAACUUAGUUUAAGGAGUGCUGCAGCUGGCUUAAGGCCUGUAGGAGCUGUUGUCUUUAUGCAACGUAAGAACUUGAAAAUGUGUCUGAGAAGUAUGGAUGGAAAUACAGACACCUCAGAGAUUGCGAAGGCCUAUGGCGGUGGAGGUUCGCCUAGUUCUAGCUCCUUCAUCAUAAGGAUGGAUGAAUAUAACCAGUGGCUCUCGGUCAAUUUAUCAAGUUGAUUGUAAGUACAUCGUAUUACUUACAUCAUUUACGUAUAAAUGUUGUCAUUAUUCUGUCUGGAAUUAAUAGUUACAUUUGUCGCAAAUACUGUUUCAUGGUGUCUAAGGAAGCUGCCACCUUUUUAAAAAUAGUAAUAUCUUGCUAUUAUAGUCCCAAAAUUCUCCCUCGUUAAUUUGAGUUCUCGGGAGUUAAGAAAAUGGCUAAAGUCAAGUCAUGUCACUUCUUAUUUAUGAGUCGUGAAUCUUUAUACAAUGAACAUUCUUUUUUGCUAUUAUAGGCUUUGAAAUGGUUGCCCCCCUUGAUUCUUUUACUUGUUGGCAACUUGCAUUUACUCAAAAUAAUAAAUUUAUUAAUGGCCUUUGGCAGUUUGACUGCCAUUGGAGUUAUUUUUAUACCUCUUUUACGUUCUACCUAAUUUCUAAUCUUCUAUUUUGGAUUUUACAAUCUGUGCUUCCUAAACAAAUGGAAAUUUCCAUAUAACUUUCUCAAAUAUCUUUCACCAGAAUUUAGAAAUCUGUUUAAGAUGCU